UUUAUUUAAAAGACGAGCACAAUGGAAACCAGGAAGGAGAUGGUGAUGUUUCUGGAAGGAGGUCAACUUGGCCCUCUGGUAGGCAAGAGGGUGUCCAGCUUGGCAGAGACCGUGGGAAGCGCAGGUCAGGAGCCACAGGACAAGAUGAUUCAUAGGGGCUGCCUGAGCCCCAGAUUCGGCCCCCGGGAAAGAGGAGGAGGAGGAGGAGGAAGGGUGGAAGAGGAGGAGGAGGAAGAGGAAGAGGAAGAGGAAGAGGUGGAAGUCCUGCCAGGGACAGGGACGGUCCCGGAGACCCGCUCGGCAGCCGCGCUCCUCUCAGCCGGCCAGCAGCCUCCCCUCAGCCGCCUCCCUACCAAAGGCCAGCAGAGCAGCUCGGACACCGAGUCGGAUUUCUAUGAGGAAAUCGAGGUGAGCUGCACCCCGGACUGCGCCACGGGCAACGCCGAGUAUCACCAGCACAGCAAAGGUCAGUGCUCGGAGACCUCGGCAGGCAGCCCCAGCAGCGGAGGAGACCCCCCCAAGGGCAGCGGGGGCAGCGGGGGAGGCGGCUCUCAAGGAGCGCUGGCCUGUAGCGCCAGUGACCAGAUGCGCCGCUACCGCACGGCCUUCACCAGGGAGCAGAUCGCCCGCUUGGAGAAGGAGUUCUACCGGGAGAACUACGUGUCCAGACCCAGGAGAUGCGAACUGGCCGCCGCCCUCAAUCUGCCCGAGACCACCAUCAAGGUGUGGUUCCAGAACCGCAGGAUGAAGGACAAGAGGCAGCGCCUGGCCAUGACUUGGCCCCAUCCGGCAGAUCCGGCCUUUUACACCUACAUGAUGAGCCACGCGGCGGCCACCGGCAACCUGCCCUACCCCUUCCCGUCCCACCUGCCCCUGCCCUACUACUCCCACAUGGGCCUGGGGGCCUCCUCGGCUUCUGCCGCCGCCCCCUUCAGCUCCCCGCUGAGACCGCUGGACACCUUUCGGGUCCUCUCCCAUCCUUACCCCAGACCGGAACUGCUCUGCGCCUUCAGACACCCUUCCCUUUAUGCCGGCCCAGCGCAUGGACUGAGCAGCGCAGGAAGCAGCCCCUGCUCCUGCUUAGCUUGUCACGGGAGCCAGGCCAACGGGCUGCCCCAGAGACCAUCGGGAUCGGACUUCACCUGCUCGGCCACCACCAGAACGGACUCUUUCCUCACCUUCACGCCCUCUGUGCUGAGCAAAGCCUCCUCGGUCUCCAUGGAUCAGCGGGAAGAAGUCCCUUUGACCAGAUAAAAGGUUCAUCUCAGGUCUCCCUUUGCUCUUCUGCGCCUCUCCUUGCCAGAGGACUUUCCAGCCAAUGUUUAUUUAAUUGCGUUCGUGGACACCAUGGGAAACUGAGAAGGGAAAGGAACAGAAAAGCAUGGAGUUGCGUUCCACGCGUGACCGUGGAAGAAUACAAUGGGAUUUGCAAACCUUGGGUGGGGAAGGAGGACUUUGCUAAGGGCGCACCUAAGAAGGCAAAACACGAAAAUAGACCUAACCAGUGAAAGACGUUAUUUGCACCAUAGAAAAGAGCUAGAGCCUUUGUCUCCGAAGGACUUGUUGUCUUCAGCCCGAGGGGGCAGGAUGCCCACCAACCACGGCAUAAAUCGCUUAUGCAUAACCUUAUAUGUGACUAAAAGGAAAAUCUGAAAUACUUGAAAAGAGGAAACUGUUGAUCCUAACAAAAAUGUAUGCCUGAUGAAAAGUAAAGAUUUAUUCUUUGCCAAAUUAAAAGGGGGAAAAAUGAA